AUGGCGUGUUACUACAUCGUCAUCAGCUCCACGCACCUCAGCAACGGACACUUUCGCAACAUCAAGGGAGUGUUCCGAGGGCCCCUCAGCAAGAAUGGCAACAAGAACUUGGACUAUGCGGAGAAAGAGAAGACCUUGGCCAAGGCCCUGGAGGAUCUGAAAGCCAACUUCUACUGCGAGCUGUGCGACAAGCAGUACUACAAGCACCAGGAGUUUGACAACCACAUCAACUCCUACGACCACGCUCACAAACAGAGGCUGAAGGAGCUGAAGCAGAGGGAGUUUGCCCGCAAUGUGGCCUCCAAGUCGCGGAAGGACGAGCGGAAGCAGGAGCGGGCUCUGCGGCGGCUGCACGAGCUGGCGGAGCAGCGGCGGGAGGUGCACUGUGCUCCGGGGAGUGGCCCGAUGUUCAAAUCCACCACGGUGGCAGUGGAGGCCGGUCUGAAGGACCCCUGUGGUGGCGACGGCGACGGUGACGGCAGCCCUCCCGACGAGAUCCACAGCGGCAACAGUAGCUCUGGCAACAACAACAACAACAACAACAACAAGCCGUUGCCGUGGCCCCACGCAACGCCAGGCAACAAGCAGAAGAAGGGAUUCGGCAACGGCAGCCGACGGAAGAUUGCCUUCUCGUUCUCGUUCCCAAAGAGGGCCUGCGUGAAGCUGGAGUCUUCGGCCGCGGUGUUCUGCGAGGCCACGGAGGAGGGGUCGAUGGAGCGCAGUCGCAGGCAAAGACUACGCGCUCCACUCGCUGAACUUGCUGACCUCUUCCCUUGCUCCCCCACUGGAAACGUGGCUCACAUUCACACUGACAAGGUGCUUAAUUGUGACGAGGAGACAAUUUACUGCAUUGGUGCACAACAAGGCCCCCAGUUCUCUCCAAAGAGUGACAGUGUGGAGAGCGAGGGGGGGUCGUCGUCGACUUCAGAUGUUCUUCUCGGGGGCCAAGAGGAGAUCCCGGGGCCUUCCGAUUCGGAUCUGUGCGCUCUGCUGGUGUACUCCGAGGACGUGGCGAGCAGUCCCUCUCUGUCACAUAUAACUUCCUCCCCGUUCACCCUCAACAGUGAGGACAUCGCGCUGGACUCUGAGGACUCUGUGAACUGUGAGAGUCUGAAAAGCGGUGACACUAACGGGGGUCAGGAAGUCAAAGACAGAGGUCACGACGACGCCACCGCCAUUGAAGAGCCCGGUGUGUCUGAGGACAGCCUUGGCGGCGGCCAUUUAAGUCCUCAGAACUCUUCAGACGUGUGCAGCGAGGCAGAGUCCUCAAACGGAGGUCACGCCUCAGAGGAAAGGUCUGCUCUUCCUCCCCCUCCUCCUCUUCCUCCUGCCCCUCCCUUCUCUACUCUGCCAAAGGCUCCCUUCACAAAGCCGAGUCAGCCUUUUUUCUCCGUGAGGAGCAGAGACGGUCACACCGUUCUCCAGUGGCCCUCGGAGAUGCUGUCGUUCACCAAAACCGGCCCGGCCCUGUCCUACAGCUGCAACCCGCUCCACUUUGAUUUCAAGAGGGGGUCACACAGUCGAGCGUGCGGUGACCCACGGCAGCAGCAGCAGCACGCCGCCGACACCAAGACGGAUGAGGAGUCCGUCAUCUUGGCCAGCCCGUCAUCGGCGAGCCCGGAGGGAAAAUCCAUGAGUCCAGACAAGCAUAUUGAGGAGGCAGCCACCACCACGUUCAGUCUCGACCACAGCAGUCCCACCGGAGACACAGAGACAAAAUCAAAAAAGGGGGGCACGUACGCUGCGAGUGACGCAGAGAGCUGCCUCGGACUAAAAAUACAACACGCCAAAUGCAAAUACUCGAACGAGCGCUCCCACGGCAUGAAGGAAAAACUUCGAGUUAGGGACAGGAGACAUUACAGAAGCCACAACAGGAAGAAGAGGCGGCGACGGAGGAGGAAGAGGCGGUCACGUGUCCACCGCGAGGUCGAGAGAGGAGGAAGCUGUGGUGUCGGCGGAGGAGGAGAUAAAGACGACGCAGAAACGUGCAGGAGAUUCCAACGGCGCAGCUUCGAGUGUCGGAGCGAAGAUGUCGAAGGCGCCUCUCUUGAUUCCCAAUUUCGAGCCGGCACUUCAGGCCAAGUGCAGCAGCAACAGCAGCCGCAGCCGCAGUCGCAGCAGAGGCAGCCAUUGGAGAAGUCAAAGCAAUCAGCUCUGAUUGGCUACAGCGGCGGUCACAUGGUCAAGAGGCUGCGUGGCAGGAGGCAGGAAACAGCGGGGUGCAUAAACGGCCCAGCGGGGGCCCGCGAUCUAUUUGAUCAGGCCUUAGGAGAAGAUAGUGAAAAGGUACUUGCUCCAGGAGGAGAUCGUAUUGGUGGUGGUGGAAGUGAUGGUAGUGGUGCAGUGAGCAGCACAGGCUUUCCAUCUGCCUGCCUGACAUGCUUGAUGGGCCGGGGGUCCUGUCGGCAUGACAGGGGCUUCGAGCCCCGGUGCCAGCCCCAGACCUCGGGGUUCACAAGUCGCUUUCUUCACGAGCUGCCACUUCACAUGGCUGACGCGAGCUGCGGCGUCGGCAUCAAAGACCUGUGGCGCAGUAACCAGCGAUUGAAGAGGAAGCGCAGCGCCUCGUUGAGCGACAUGGACGACGUCGUGUGUUGCUCGGAUCGGUUGACGUGCGCCUGUCUCGGCGGCGCAACGUUCUGCGGCAGACGGAUGAUGAAUGAGCAGGAGGAGAACGAUCACAGGCACCAGAGCUGCUCAGCCAAGAGGCAGGACUCUGAAUUUUGUGCGCACAUUCAUUGCUGGAAGAGAAGGAAAAUUUGCCCAGCCAUACAUCAGCGUCCCGAAUGCACCCCAAUGCCACACACAGCCCCUGUCACUGAAAGCCAUGCUCGAAUCGACGACGAAAGCGCAGCAAGCUGUGCAAAUCCAAAUAGGGAUAUAAGCCCGGCCCGAAAAGCUGAAGGUGACAGUGGUGUUGGCUGUGACAGUGCCAGUGCCAGUGGCAGAGGCGGCGGUAUCAGCGCAGACAAAAGCUCAUGUACUAUUGAUGAUAAGGAGAUCCCUGCGGUGGCCAGCUCGCCGGCCCAGAGCUCCAUUAUCCCUGACCCGGGUCAGUACGCGGCCGAUAGUAGCCACCGCCGCCGCCAGACAGCCAGCCCAUCUCGGCCUCAGAUCAAUGAGAGGCAGAGGCAGGGACAGCCGUCACAGCAUCAAGCUCCCACAGAUAACCUCCCUCCUCCUCCUCGCUCCCAUCCCCUUCCACCAACUCCCCUUCCCCCACCUCCUGCUCUUUUCCAGGCCGCACAAAAAACAAGACAUCCGAGUCCUGUAGUGGAGGCCCCAGGAGACGUGAGCGACAGCUGCGUCACUAAUGUCAGCGCGGCAUCUCGACACAGCGACCUGGCACCGGAGCAGCGCUCUAACAAGCCAGCAGCGGCGGCGGCGGUGGAGGCAGCCCUGCCAGCGGCAGGGGCAGAGGCAGUGGCAGGGGUGGGCAUAGCCAUGGCAGUCCCAUGUUCGCCAGCUGCAGCCGCCACCCAGCCUCAACCCCAGCCCCAGCCUAUUCCAGUGUCCGUGUCCUCUCCCAUCCACCUCCAUCCUGUCCACCUGACCACCCACCCAUCCGUGCCUCCCUCCGGAUCCAUCACCAUCCGCCACACCAUCCUCCAGCACCACCACCACCACGCCACGUUCCUUCCUCCCCCUCCCCCACACACACAGCUAUUCCCGCAGGUGCUGCCGAUGACUCGCCUGCCCUUGGGACACGCGGACAUGUGCCCGCCGCCGCCGGGCGCCCCGACUUUCGUAACUACUCCCCCCCACCACCAGGUGUCCGUGAUGGCAGCCGGGCCGCCGGGCCGCAUCCAUCACCCAGUGGCUGUGACCUUCCAUGCCUUGCACCGCCCGGCCCCCGUGUUCCCCCCAAUGCUGUCCCCGCACCCCGCCGUCAUACCGCUGCAGCCCCUCUUCUGA